AAAAUGCGCCCUUUUAAAGCCUAGCCAGGCUCAUGGGCCCUGUUUCCCGGUUUCCAUGGCGUAUGCGUUCCCCAGCUGGACGGGACGCCAGUCCAUCGCAGCGUUACUCAUUUUCGCCAGCUGAGUGGACUGGAGCAACGUGAAAUGAAGUGUUUUGCUCAAGAACACAAUGCGCCGCCCAGUCCAGGAAUUGAAACCACAAUCUUAUGCUCAUGAUGCUGACACCCUAACCACUAAGCCUCCACAAUUUUUAUACUUACUUACCUCUUUUUUUUUCUGUCCUUGGAUGUUUAACUAAAGAGUAUGAAUUCAAUUUCUAUUUUUUCUCGUUCUCUUUCAUAAAUAUCACCAAGGCCUCGAUUCCGCCUUUCAUCGAAGAACUCGGAGAUUUCCAAUUCAACCCGGGGCCCAAGAAAAAGCUCGUUUUGGUGAGCGUCAUGACGAGUUCGCAGUACUUCGAAACCCGAGACUGGGCCAUUCGAAUGACGUGGUUGAAAUCGAUCCCUGGUGACGUGGUCUUCUUCGUCGGCAACAGCACAGAUCCGGCCCCUCCCGGGAUGCCCUUAGUGAGGCUGAAUCGCGUACCAGACAACGUCUACCCACCGCAGGGCAAAGUAUUUGAGAUGUUGAAAUAUAUACAUGAGAACCAUGCCGAUAAAUACGAGUAUUUCAUCCGUGCUGACAACAACGUGUUUAUAAAGGGCCAGGAACUCGGAAGUUUGCUCAGGUCCUUAAACAGCAAAGAGAAGAUCUACAUGGGCCAUUACGGACAAGGGGUCCCUGAAGAGAUCGGAAAACUAGGGAUUGGAAAGAAUUACUUGUACUGCAUAGGUGGCCCCGGUGUUAUAUUUAGUCACAAAGCACUGAAAGUGUUGGCCCCAAAUCUGGACAAUUGCAAAGGAGACACUGCCACGACCCAUGAAGACACUGAAUUAGGCAGAUGUGUGGAAAAUUACCUGAAAGUUCAAUGCAAAUCAAACAGAAAGGUAAAACUUUGUCUAUUGCUCUAUCUAUCUAUCUAUCUAUUCAUCCAUCCAUCUAUCUGUCUGUCUGUCUAUCUAUUUAUCUGUCUAUCUCUCUCUAUCUAUCUAUCUAGUUAUUGAUCUGUCAGUCUAUCUAUCUCUUUAUCCAUCUACCUACCUACCUAUCACUCUACCUACCUACGUACCUAUCUAUCUAUCUAUAUAUAUAUAUAUAAAACAAAUAAUAAAUGAGUAUAUGCAUAUAUACGUACAAGUAUGUGCAUACCUACAUCUACCUGUGUAUAUAGGUGCAAAUCUGGGUACAGGACAUUGCAAACAAAACGUAGACAAAAA